AUGAUCCACCUUUAUGCUAAGGUUGGGCUUCAUCGGUACAACAUGCUGCAUGGGACAAACCUCCAGCUUCAUCACAUAGAGAAGUACAAUAGAUUCUAUAGAAAAAUGCCCUCCUCGUAUUUUAUAACUUUGGUUGCAAAAGAUCCCUCUACCGGCUCCCUUGUAACGUUUCAGACCAGCAUUCAAGAAUCAUCAUGUGAGUUUGAUGUCAAGUGUUUUGUUGCUAGACCUAAAAGUAAAGAGACCAAGUGCACGCUUUGGCUUGAUAAUCAUAGAGGCGCAGCACCUAACUUCCUAGGUUGUACAGCGCCUAAAUGGCCGUCUGAUGAUGCUUUGGGUGAUAAAAACCGGUUUUACGUGGUUGAGGAGUCAGAGUUGAAAGAGAAUGAGUGGAUUCGCCUCUAUAUGGAACUUGCAUUUGUCACAACCAAUCGGCUGACGUCUGAUAAACAUGACAAGCUGUCCGAUUUGAGAAUUGUGGAGGUAGUGGUGGAAACUAGGAAAAUUGUAAAUCCGCCGAAUGAGAAGCUCAAGGGAGCCAAAAAUGCACUUGUCUACAUAGAAUAUGAGCAGGACUUGGGCGAGGGUCGGUUUUGUAAGUACAGAGCUAGAAUUAGAAGAAGCGUGGAUGUGAGAACCGGACGCCUUAGUCUCGUCGGCCAAAAUGAGCAAACCUGCAGUAUUUAA